AUGUCCUAUGCUAAAGUUUAUGACCCGAUAACUGUAGGAACUAUUAAUGGUGAUAGUUCUCAAACUAUUCCUCAUGACCAUGCUAUCCUUAGAGCUCAAAAAGCAAUAUUUCAUCCACCUUCCAAAAGAGUUACUUCUACUAAUGCUUUGAAAACUCUUUUCAUUGCAAGACUUAAUUAUGAUACAACUGAAGCUUCUGUGACAAAGUUAUUCGAACGUUAUGGAAAAUUGACUAAUGUGACACUUAUAUAUAACUGUGUGACAGGAUUAUCAGAAGGAUAUGGAUUUGUUACAUUUGAACGUACUUAUGCAGCUAAAGAUGCUUAUCGUGAUGCACAUGGACGAUUAUUGGAUAAUCAUCGUAUCUUGGUGGAUUAUGAACAUGGACGAACAAUGAAAGGUUGGAUACCUCGAAGACUUGGUGGUGGAUUUGGUGGCAAAAAAGAAAGUGGUCAAUUACGAUUUGGUGCAAGAGAUCGGCCAUUUCGAUCUUUGGUAUCUAGUGACCAUACAAAAAAAAAGAAUCAUACAUCCUCUUCUGAUAGACAUCAACAAACUCAUUCGAAACGAAAACUAGAUUCAUCAUUAACAUCUUCUCAACGUAGCCAUAUUACAAAGGAAUAUUCAUCACGAUCAUCAUCACCACCACCACCAUCAUCAUCAUCAUCAAGGCGUCAAUACAAUGAUAGCAGUAGUAGCAGUAGCAGUAGUAGGCAUAGAUAUAGAUAAUGUAAUAUAAUAGCAUAGUAGUAGUAAAUAGUAGUUUUUUUAUACCACCAUUAUUUUCAAUAAAACUUCAUAGAAUCCUGAUCUGCGCUAUUUUAAGGCGCCCAUUGAAAAAAUUUUCAGGUCUCUCUCUACUCGUU